AUGGGCCUAGCGCUCACCAUCUGGCUCAGUAUCAUCACCUUCUGGCUCGGCAAUCAGCUCGCCAGACGGCCGCUCUCCCUUGCGGAUCUGCAGGCUAUCGUCAGCUACCGAGAUAUCACUCGGCCGGUAUUUACGUUGACCUGCAUAUCCAUCGGAUUUACGGCUCUGCUGUAUGGCCUUGAUUUCGUUGCCCGCGAACAAACAGAAAGACCCACCGCAUCUCUGAGCUCUUACCCACUCACAGCUCAAGACCACCUGCGACGGCACGACAUCACGCUCGCAGGCACGCUCUUUGGGUGGCAGACCGAGCGGUGCAUCGUCGUUGCUGGCGUCUCGCCAAAUUCUGCAAAUCUCAUCAUCGAUGGUACAGACAACAAGAGCCAGCUGUGCGUUCUGGGUAGCGCGCACGAUCAGUCUUGCGGGCCAACCGCCUCGACAAGUCGGCUCGACACGAUUACCGCCGUCGUGUCUCGUACAAGCUCACCAGAGAUCAUGGUAGAAGGCAUGAGCAUCAGCCCAGUGCUCUACAAAGUCCCCAAUAUCCGCAAACAUAGGUUUUUGUCCAUGACGGCCAUCAGCCUCAAGGUGACCACAGAGAUGCACACGCCACAAUCCGGCGAGCAGAGCAGGAUGUCAGCCCGCGUCGAGAGACUGCUCAAGACAGAUUUCACUGCAUCUGCUCAACCAGUAGGCUGUCUCGAAGAAGCCUUGGAGCUGGUCAAUCGUGUAUCUGAGAUACGGAGAGAUCUUGUCAGGCAGCUAGAUUCCGCCGACAGGUCGAAUGCGAUGCCGCGUAUAUCUCAGCUGGGCAGAUGGAGUGGCUUUCUCUCGCCGUUCGCUGCUCUCUCAGCGAUCGUAAAGCAGCUUGCGACGACGCCCCUGCCAGGAACAAGCCAUGCUAUGUCGGAUCUGUCGGCUGUUGUUCAGCAGCUCGAUACACGCUUGGACCAGACAUCAUCAUGGCUGACCGAAUACCGGAUCAUGAGUCGACUCGAACGCGCUCACAUGCGAGAAGCUCGAGCGCGGUACAUCAAUCUUUACAACAUGAUCUGGCUGGUCACAAACGAUGUCAUCAUAGGGCUUGCAGCUGGUUCGUAUCUUUGUGAGAAUGCGGACCCGCUGGCAUGCAGCCUCAGCGCACUGUUGCAGCGCUGGGCGUUCACGAGCGUCAAGGCGAUCUUGCUUUGGCUCACCGACUGGCCAGCUGGACUCAAACUCAACAAGGAAAUGGGCCAAUUCUUCUGCGAAGCAUUUCUCUACUUUACGGCCGCGUGGGAGACAACGGCACUGCGCUUCAUCGAGUACAUACUGCCAUCGGUCAUCUUUCUGACCGGGAUGGGUGGUUUCCUGGGCGCUACCACGAUUUUGUCUGCAUUCAUAGACAUUAUAGCAGUCGGUACUGUGCAUCUAUAUCUGUUCUACCUCAUGGCGGCGAACAUAUAUCGAUGGCAUUUGCACAUCAUUUUCUCGCUCUUCAACAUCUUCAGGGGCAAAAAGCUCAAUGUGCUCAGAAAUCGGAUUGAGCCUGCGGAGUACGAUCUCGAUCAGCUUCUGCUCGGCACGAUCCUGUUCACGCUGGCCGCCUUCCUCUUCCCCACCGUACUCGCGUUCUAUCUCGUCUUUGCAAGCUGUCGAUUAGCGGUCAUCGUGUGCUAUGCCGUGCUUGAGACCUCCAUCGUCUUCCUCAACCACUUUCCACUCUUUGCGAUCAUUCUACGACUCAAAGAUCCAGCCAGAUUGCCAGGCGGAGUACAAUUCGAACUGUUACGGAGAGGCACAUUGCGGAUCAAAAACAAGCCAGUGUCGUAUGCCGACGUCUUCGGCCAAUACGUGACGCUCUGGAUGGGAUUGUUCGACCACUACUCGCCUCUGCCUCGUAAGCUGCUGUCGGGAGACAUGAUCAAGCCGAUCGCUCGACCUCGUCUGCGCCAUGCUCGUCCACGUGAGAACCAAAAUAGUAAACGUUGA